AUGCUGUAUGAGCUUAUUGCAAUCGUUCGACCCGGCAAUCUCGCCGAGGUAAAAGAAAUCGCACGAACGACCGGCUCCUUAAUCCUACGCAGCGGCGGCACAAUCCGCGGCCUCAACAACUGGGGCGUCUUUUCCCUUCCAAAACGCACCCGAAAACAUCAAGCCCAGCAUACGGAUGGCCAUUAUUUCGUCAUGCGAUACGACGCUUCGUCUAAGAUUCAGGAGGAUGUGAGGACGACGCUGGGUUUGGAUCCCCGGAUGAUCAAGUUUACGAGUGUGAAGUUAGGGGAUGGGACGCUCGCGGCGUUAAGCAAGGUUUCGGGUGAUGUGAAGUGGGAUAGGAGGGAGGAAUUCUAG